AUGGCCGACCAACAACAUCAAUCCUCCUCGCGAGCACGCGAGCAACCAGUCACGGAGAAAACGGUUCACGAAGCGCCCGUAGUCGAGGACACCGACUCAUCUGCGCAGUCACUGCAAGAUGGUGUCCAAGAAAUCGAGGCCAUCUCCCAAUCCUGGACAAAGGUUGGACUGGGAGUGGCCUAUCUCGGCAUUUUCCUCAUGGCCUUCGUCACCUCUCUUGAGGGCCAAGUGACGGGCUCGGUCACCAUUAUUGUCACCAGUUCCUUCGCGCAGCACUCGCUGGUGUCGACCAUCAAUGUGGUGCAGAGCGUCAUCCUAGCCAUCGCCAAGCCACCCAUGGCGAAGAUUGCCGACGUCUUUGGCCGCACUGAAGCCUUCUGUUUCUCCGUCUUGCUCUUUGUCCUCGGCUACAUCGUCAUGGCCAGCUCCACUAACGUCCAGACCUUCGCCGCCGCUCAGAUCUUCUACUCGGCAGGCAGCACCGGUCUCCAGAUCCUGCAGCAAGUCUUCGUCGCCGACACGACCGACCUGAGCUGGCGCGCCAUCAUGUCGACACUACCGGACCUGCCAUUUCUUGUGACCACCUGGGUCGGCGUCUCCAUUAGCGACAGGAUCAGAGCGGACACGGGCAGCUGGCGCUGGUGCUACGGCAUGUUCGCUAUCCUGCUGCCCGCCGCUUUCCUCCCGUUGCUGACGUCCCUCGUUGCGAACGGGCUCAAAGCGAAGAGGAUGGGUCUCCUGCCCCCGGAGCGCCAUACUAUGCAAGGUAGCCCCCUCACCGUCUUGGGCAAUCUGUGGAGGGAUCUCGACGUGGGCGGCAUCCUCCUCCUCGGAGCUGGCUUCGCCCUGAUUCUUGUGCCUUGCACAAUCGCUGCCAAUGUCUCUGGCGGAUGGGCCAACCGUGAUAUCAUAGCCAUGGUUUCUGUCGGUGCCGUUCUCGUGGUCAUCUACCCCUUUUGGGAGGCCAGCUCGCGGUUCGCAAAGAAGCACAACAUUCAGGGUGUGCCUGGCAGGAUCAUGGCCAACACGGCUCCGCACCCGCUGACCCCGCUGUAUCUGCUCAAGUCCAGAACAUUCAGCGCGGGCUGUGUGCUCAUCUUCUUCUACUUUAUGGCCUUCUACUUGUCCGUGUUUCCUUACUUCCAAUCAUAUCUCUUGGUCGUGCGAGGACUUCCGAACCAGACGGCGGUGUAUAUCACACAGACUUUUACCUUUUCGUCAACCGUCUCGUCCAUCAUUGUCUCCAUUAUCAUCAAGUUGACCCACAGGUACAAAUGGUUCGUCGUCGGGGGUUCCGCCUUGUACAUGAUGGGUAUGGGCCUCAUGAUGCAUUACCGCACGGAAACAGCCUCGUUGUCUGCCAUUAUAGGAAGCCAGGUGCUCCUUGGGUUCGGCGGUGGCAUGCUCAACGUGCCAGCGCAGAUUGGUGUCCAAGCUAGCGCCAGUCAUCAGGAUCUGGGAUCCUCCACGGCCAUAUUCCUGACCAUUGUGAGCAUCGGCAGUGCCGUCGGCUCAGCCAUCAGCGGCGCCGUCUGGGGACAAAACAUUGUCCCCAAGUUGAAUGAAUACCUGCCCGACGCGGCCAAGGAGAAUGCGAACCUCAUCUACUCCGACAUCACACAGGCACUCGCGUACCCGCAGGGUAGCGACGAGCGCAUCGCCAUCAAUCGCGCGUACCAGGAGACCAUGACGAAGCUGUUGACGAUUGCCGUCUGCGUCUGCGCCCCGAUCUUCGUCUUCAGUCUGCUGAUGAGCGACUACCACCUCGACGAGAUGCAGCAAGGUGUUCGAGGCCGGGUCAUUGGCGGAGACGUGGGGGAGGAUUCGAGAAGGAUUGAGGGUGCACAGGGUGGAAAUCCUUACAACCCCAAAAACUGGUUCAGACGACGUCCCGCGCCGCAGGGGCCUAGGUUCUCGGGGACGCGACCGACCAAUUUUGAACGCGAAAUGGCUGCUGUCAACGGGACGAAGAAGACGCACAAAGACGCGUCGCCCAUGGUGGUGCGACCGCUGGGCCACGUGCGAGUGGCAUGUCGUACCCUGUACGAAGGUGAUGGUGCACUGACCAGCGUCAAGAGAACGAUAUAUGGCGGCACUCUACGUCCUCAAGGCCAUGUGUGCGACUGUCAUCAGCUGUCGAUUCGGUGUCCCACAGGAGUCGCGGCCGGCAUCCGAGCACGCAACGCUGCAGCAGACCAUCAUCAUUCGCGCAGUAGCCCAGACGACACUCAACCACCCUGGCAACCUCCAUGGCAAUGUCCUCUGCUCGGCCGGUCGACAGGCCCCUUCACGCCCCCACAGAACAAGCUGGCCAAGUUCUCAUCAAGUCCGGUAUUCACCAUCCAAUCGGCAUGGGGCGAGCUGAAGCCAUCGUUCAUGUCGAAGCCGACAUAUACGCAGAAGCAGUGGGGGACCGUCCAGACGAGUCCAACCACCACGAAGCGCACAUCCAUCCUGAUCGACGCGGACAAGAGCAAGCGUAUUGUCGCAGCCUGUCGAAAGAAUGACGCCACGGUCACGAGCAUGCUCAACGGUAUCGUCUUUGCGUCGCUCUACUAUGAGUUGAAGGACAUGGAUGGCCAGCCUUCCCUCUCUGCAAGCACGGCUGUCGAUCAGCGACGAUUUCUAAGCUCCUCGGUCGGCGGCGUCGAUCCGAAACGCAUGGUGAACAAUCUCGUCACCAUGGUCAUACACGAGUUCACAGAGGAGGACGUGAUUCGACUCACCAAGAAUAUUGGCACGCAGGAUCCCUCGCAAGGCCUCGCCUACUUGGAGUCUGUGGUGUAG